AACUACCCUACACAUGGCAGACCGUCCUCGCACAAUCCAAUUGCCAUCUUGAUGUGGACUAUGUACAAACGGAAAUGGGAACUCCUCGUCAAUCCCCGGUCAGUGCUCGCUGAGGAUUUUGCGAGGAAUGGGUUCAAGGUCUGUCUGUCUUUCCUUUUUCUCCCAGGGCAGACAAUCGUUCCUGAUUACUUGAACGGUGAUCCCGUCCUUACUGACGCUACGGAUCCCGGUGAACGUACCCUGCCUCCCCUUCCAUAUCCCCUCCGACAUUUGACACCAUUAUCACAAAAGAAAACAGUCGACUUCCAAAAAUGGUUCGUUAAUCACAAGCCCACACCCUGUACCCCGAGUCGACAAGGUCAUCGAGGUGCUCAAGGAGGGGAUAACUACCCUAGCGCGACUGGGUACUGCCUUGGUGCAUUCGAGAACAUCAUCAACGCGUCUGUGGUUUCUCACCCCUCUCCCCUGCGAGCACCGCUGAUCUUUCUAAUGACGGGGGGGGGGGGAAGCGGAGUUUGUAGAGGACGUGCGUUUCGGGUCGGGCGGAGAGUUAAAUGGAGGCACUGUGGGGAGUCACAGCCAGAGGCACCUUCGUCCAGGGGAGCGUUUUCUUGCUCGAAACAUCCUGAGAACGAGGGCAUGAGCGAUGCAGAAGGUGUCAUUGCCGACGUGGCUGAGGUCAAGAAAGUUGUUUGGCGACAACUUCUCAGACAACCACAAAAAGCUGCAACGCGAAGAUGUAGCGCGUACUACGUACAAUCCAGUGGUGGGGAGUAUCUGAGGCUCGAGGAGAACAACACCAGUGCCAACUGCGGAUGUAACCUUUCUCUCGCCCACUUCAUCCGCCGUCCAUCUAUCCACCUCUCAGCCACCAACUCUGGCCUCGCGUGCUCGCUUCACGACGGUCUUCUAAGGUUCCCCAUGCCAGCUUAA